CCGGACGGGGAUGAGGACUUUGAGUGGGACGAGAGAGAGCAGACUGGACUUGCUGGUGGGGUGACUAUGGCUCAAGAUGACGAGGAAGGUGUCAGAAAAGUCAUGGACGGUAUGGCUACGCUCACAGUGGAUGCAGCCAAUUACGGUUACCUCGGGAUGGCGUCCGGUGCCUCUCAUCUGCGAUCUCUAUGGAUGGAAGCUGGAAACAGUCCUUCGUGGGAAUCCGGUUCCUGGAACGAUCGACGACAAGACUUGCAGCACCUUCUCCGCCGGCAGACAGAAGGCUCCUCGAUAACGUCGGCUGUGCAAACCCAGACUCUGGUGACUAGGGCGAUGGUAGAUGUGUUCGUCGAUGCCUUCUUCGUUCGCUACCAUCCUGUAUUUCCUAUCCUGCAUGAGCCAUCGUUCAGAGCUCAGUAUGCCAGUAGAAUGGCUCGACCAGGACAGGGCAUCUGGCUUGUCUUGGUGAACAUUGUUGCAGCGUUAGGUGCUUUUGUCACCAAUCCGAGCUCAUCGGAUGAAACGAGCUUGUCAAUCUUCCGAACGGCGAAGCGCUAUCUUGCAGUCAACGCACUGGAGACAGGUAACCUAACACUGGUGCAAGCGUUUGGUAUGGCAGCCAUGUUUCUCCAGAAAAUCAAUAAACCCAAUACUGGAUACAACUAUGGCGGAGUAGCCAUCAGAAUGGCUAUUGGGCUCGGCUUGCACAAGGAAUUCGGAGCUCAGCAUAUGAGUCCGUUCAAGCAGGAGUUGCGUCGAAGAGUAUGGUGGUCUCUUUGUGUCCUGGAUGUGGGUGCAACGAUAACUUACAGUCGUCCGUUGAUCUGGCCGCAAGUAGGAGUUGAUGUAGCCCUGCCCUCCAACAUCCGAGAAGAGGACUUGUCAGUUCAUUCAACAGUGACACCCGCCGAGGUUGAUGAGGCAACUGUGAACACAUACCUCAGGGUUCAAUCGUCGUAUCAUUUGCAGACGAUGCCGAUCUACAAUCGACUGAUCAGCAACCCACCUCCUCUGCCCGAAGAGCUCUUGACACUCGACUCGACCAUCGUAGAGGCUUGGCUGAGUCAGGUGCCGCACUACUUCCACGAUAGCAGCGGACCGCACCUAGAGGAUCGAUUCGCAUUGCCUCACGGGAUCAACUGCUGGAGAUAUCGCAAUCUUCGAAUUGUCAUAUUUAGGCCUUUGCUGGUGAAGUGGGCGUCGCAAGACGGGCGUGAAGAGAGUCUGACUUGGAAUGAGCAGGAAGCUACCAACAGGUGCUUGCGUGCUGCUCGAGAGAGUAUAGUUUCGAUACAAAACUUCUGGAAGUCGAGGCAGCAGACUAGGCUGACGGCAUUCUAUGUCUUAUACUUCCUCUUCCAGGCGGCGCUCAUCCCAAUCCAUUGUUUGCGUUCCAAGUCUCAAUCAGGACUGACACCUGAGUGGCGGGAGCAAGUCAGGGCGACCUUGGAGGUGGUCGAAUCGAUGAUCGGACUGAACCAGAGCGCCUCAAAGUGCCGGGAUGUCAUCAUGAGUCUCUGCGGUUCGCAUCUUCGAAACCUUGAUGAUGAGUUUGUCGAUUACGAACAGGCGUUCAAUUUCGAGCCGACCAUGGAUGCGACGGCAUGGAUGGCUGGAUGUGCACCUACCCUGAUCAAUGAGAAUCUGUGGGCUGGAAGUCUGGACAACACCAGCGCGGAGCUUUCUUUCAGCAAUUGGGAAGGAGAUUGGAACAUCUGA